UCGCGAAUCGCGAUUUCAGUGUGUAAAACUGCAUGUCUGAGCUCAUUUCUGGUAAAAAAACAAACAAAGGUCUAAUUAGCUGGGAAAUUCUGCGUUGGUUGUGUGUGUUGAGAAGAGAAUAGGGAGAGCUUAAAUACCUCUCAUAUCAUCAAGAGGUUUCUUCUCACUUUCCUCCCUGUUUCUAUUCAUUUUUCCUAUCAUUUCUGGUUUACUUAGCUCAGUAACUUUGAAUCCCAAGUUUACUACAAGUUUCUCCUCUGGUUAGAAUGGGUGAAAAACUUCCACUGUUUUUCAGAUUUAUGGCCAUUCAUGGGUCUCCAACCAGACUUGUAUGCUAUUCUAUCUCCAUUUUCACUCUGUUUUCUUUCUAUAUUUUCAAGAGUCUAGCUCUAAAGUGAUUUUUUUUUAUUAUUUAAACAAACUUGGUGAACAGGAGCUCCCACCCAUUAUCUCCAAGAAACUUGUUGAACAGGAGGUUGAACAAGUGAUGUUAACCAGCCAAAAGGGCAGCUGGGAAGUUCAAACCCAUACAUUUGGAGGAGAGCUCUAUUUCACAAAGGGGUGGGAUGCUUUUGCCCUGCAGCAUGACAUAUGUUAUGCAGAUCUUUUACUGUUUGAACACACUGGUGGCUCCAGUUUUAAAGUGAGAGUGUUGGGUGCCACUUGCUGUGAGAAAGAUUUCCAAGGAGGAAGAGCACAAGGAAAGAAUGCAGAAGACUCUGUGAAACUGGAAGUGGACAUAGAUGAAGUGCCACAUGAUCAUGCACAUGAUAAGGUCACUAAAAGAGGAAGAACACAAGGAAAGAAUGCAGAAGACAGUGAAGAUUCUGUGGAAUUUGAAGUGGACCUAGAUGAAGUGGAAGUGGACAUGGAUGAAGUGCCUUCCCCUGUGAAAAUUCAGAAACAUGAUCAUGCAAAGAAGGUCACUAGAAGAAAGCGAAACCCUAAGGUUGUGAAUAUGUCUUCUACGGACCGUUCACAAUUCGUAAGAAGCAUAAAACAGUACAAUAUCCGACGUAGAUCUCCUUAUAUGCACAUACCCGCCAACUUUUGCCUAGCUAAUGGCCUUUAUUGCAAUGCAAGAAUAUGUCUGAAAGGUCCAUGCAGUGAACAAGAAGUUAGUCUUAAAGUUUGCAGAGGUGGGAGGACGAUAUAUACUAUCAUUUCUAGGGGAUGGUCCGAGUUCAUUGCAGGCAAUGAUCUGAAAGUAGGAGAGAUCUGCACCUUCAAACUCCGCAGCACAGAAGGCAGUUCAAAUGGUGUUGUGUUUGAUGUUGAUGUUCUUCGCAAAUCAACCUAGUCUUGAGAUCUUUUUUGUUGAACUGUUUUAAAAACUCACACUUUGGAUAAGAAACUCUAGUAGUAGGGCAUUAUGAUGUGAGUUGGGAAAUCUACCCACUUAGUAGAAAAGUGCGAGUCAACUAUUGAAAUUGUUGAUGUAAUGUUACAUGUGUUCAAAUCAUUAAGAAUUUCUGCAACUUUUACCUA